AUGGUGGAUUACUAUUCUAACUUCAUCGAAGUAGCAUCACUAAAACAUGACACCACUUCAAGGAAUGUUAUCAAGCACCUGAAAGAUAACAUUGCCAGAUAUGGCAUCAUUGACACUUUGAUCAGCGACAAUGGUUCUCAGUACACUAGUGCUGAAUUCAAGCCUUACGUUGCUAGCUAUGGGAUUGAACAUGUGACCUCUUCACCCUUUUAUGCACAGUCCAAUGGUUUGGCUGAGAAGUCCGUGCAAACAGUGAAGAACUUACUAAAGAAAUGCCGCGAAUCAGGAGAUGAUGUGUACCUAGCCCUUUUAGAUUUAAGGAACACUCCUCGGGAUGAGCAGAUAGGAUCACCUAUGCAGAGAUUGAUGGGUCGACGACCGAAAACGCUACUCCCCAUAAGUGAUGGUCUGAGGAAACCAACGACCAUCCAACCAGAAGUGUUUCAUCGAAGCUGA